AUGCAGCAUGGGAGAGUGGUUGCCUAUGCUUUGAGACAACUAAGGAAGAAUGAGAAGAAUUACCUCACUCAUGACUUGGAGCUAGCAACCGUUAUAUUUUCCUUAAAGAUAUGGCGUCACCAUAUGUAUGGUGUCUAUGUUGACAUAUUCACAGAUCACAAGAGCUUGCAGUACAUAUUCAAGCAAAAAGAAUUAAAAUUAAGGCGGUGGAGAUGGCUUGAAUUGUUAAAAGAUUACGAUGUUGAUAUUUUGUACCACCCCGGGAAGGCAAACGUUGUGGCUGUUUUGGUAAAUCUAUGGGAAAGCAUUCCCUUUCCGAAAAAGCCAGCGUUCGAGCUAUCCGAGGACGGGGUCCUUAGAUAUAAGGACCGGUUAUGUGUACCCGAUGUUGGGGGACUCCGAGAGCAGAUCAUGGAGGAGGUUCACCAAUAUCGGUACUCUAUUCAUCCGGAAACAACCAAGAUGUAUCAUGAUCUUCGACAGCUGUACUGGUGGAAUGGCAUGAAGAGGAACGUUGUUGAAUAUGUCGCUCAAUGUCCAAAUUGGCAACAAGUUAAGAUUGAACACCAGAAACUGGGAGGAUUACUACGGAGUAUGGAAAUUCCAACCAGGAAAUGA